GUUCUUGGCGAUCUGCUGCGGCAUGCGCUGCCACAUCUCCCGCCGUCGUGCGCGGCUCAUUAUCGCCGUCAUCUGGCUGCUCCCCAUCCUGGUCAUGAUGCCCUGGCCACUGUUCUUCGACCUACGCCCUCAAGGCGGCGUCCUCAUCUGUCAGGAGGUGUGGCCCAAGGGCAUGGACGGCAACCUCUUCUUUCUCAUGGCAAACCUCAUCCUCUGCUACCUGUUUCCGCUGCUGCUCAUCAUCGUUUGCUACGUCGGCAUCUGGGUCAAGGUCUCCAGACGUGACAUCCCUGGCGACUCCAAGGACGUGCAGCUGAAGCGCAUGCAGCAGCGCUCCAAGUUCAAGGUGGUCAAGAUGCUGAUGGUGGUGGUCGUGGUGUUCACUCUCAGCUGGCUCCCGCUGUACGCCAUCUGCCUGCUGGUCAAGUUCUCCGACAUGGAGCGGCUGCCGGCGAGCGUGCACCAGCUGCUGCCGGUGGCGAUGCCGGUGGCCCAGUGGCUCGGCGCUUCCAACUCUUGCGUGAACCCUGUGCUCUACGCUUUCUUCAACGCCAAGUACCGUCAGGGAUUCCAGGCGUUGGUGCGCUCGGGAAGCUGCUGCACACCGAUCAGGAUCGACAUGCCGACGGACUCCACUUUCCGCCGCUCCUCGCACUUCCACACGGUACAGACAAGUGUCAGUCCGGCGGAGGUGGCGCCCUCCUCGCAGCUUGCACUUCUCAAGGUGGCCGAAAGAGGGCAGCAGCGACGAGGCAUUACCGGCGUGUAGAUGUCGUGGCUGGCUGUUCGGCGCUGCUUUUUGAUCAGCGCAGGCAUGGUUUUGGAACAGCAGGGUAAAUGUUCGUAGUUUGGUGAACUGAACACCGCUCCUUCCAAGUGGAUAGCCUGUGGGGCUACGUUGUUGUGGCAAGGUUGCCUUUACCGUAUGCGCGUUUGAUAGACAGAUGCAGGUAAGUAUGCAGUAAUAGGCAAAUGUAGCUUACGGCAGGUGAAGCAAUCUCUAUGUUCUUUUGUAGGCGUGAUAAUGCACAUCUGAUCGAUGUUGCCGCAUGGUUUCAGGAAAGCUGGAGUCUGGCGCAAUGAUCCUGAAGCAGCAGCCAUACUUUUACUUUUCCUUGGAGCUGUACCGGUUUACGAUGACGACAGACAGAAAAGAAACAAUGCACCUGAUGGGCAUGCUUAAAGCUCCACCUUUGCACUGAGACUGUUAUACUGUUGUAGGGCGCUAAACAUCUUUGAAUGUAUCUUGUCACGGAGAGAAUGGUGGCAUUGCUAAAUUUAAUUCCGAAUAGCUUGUGGAGUUGGCUUGAACAGAUACUAGCUUAGCAGCACUUGCUGUGCAGUACCAUAACGCAGCCGUCCUUGUUGAGCGAUUCCAUUUCAUAAGAUAAUUUUGUUUCUGACCACAUAGGACUUCAUUUGGUUCUCUUUUGACACCGCCUUUGACACUUUGGUAGUACACCGCCUUCCCCACGACAGAUCGAUCCACGGCAGCCCUUAAAGAGAUGGCCUUUCCAGGGCUGUCGGCAAUACAGCGGGCGUUUUGUGGGUUUUUCCCAUUCCGUUGGGAUUUUACCGAGGGCGCGGAAGAGGUUGGUCUAUGUUAGAAAUCAUGCCCUUACAGGAAUUGUUUAUGGAUGGCAAGAUUAGAAAGGAAGGAAAAGAAAAGAAAAGUCAAGAGAAGAAAACGAGGGAAGAAAAAAACCAGCAAAGUACGCGUCAUUUCAAACAGAUCAGCAACCUGCCUAAAACGCGAAAACGCACGCGCGAGACUUGCUCGCAGCUGCACAGUUUUGUCUCAGGGAUCCAAAGUGUACAGUCGAAGCCUGUGGCAUAGUCCGUUGUUGGUUACUGAUGAUGAGGCUUAUUCGAGGGGCGUGUAAUUUGCAACUCUGAGUGGCUUAAUAACGCGCAGCUUUAAUUCCAAAAAAAAACACAAAACGAAGAGGUGAUUUAGUGACUGUUGAAUGGUGGUCGGAGGCAGGGGCUCAACUGGCCUUACUUUAUUGUGGUGUUUGUUAUUUGCACUCAGCUUCCAUAAAAUCAACGAUGCUUACAAAGAAGGAUGCAAAAUAUUACUUAAAGAUGUGAGCGGUAUGCUUAUGAAAGACAUAUGCAACACUUACAAAAAGCCUUACUCUUCAGUUGCUCCGGCAAAGCCCUCAUACACUUUUCCCUCAGUUAGCAUGUAAUGCGUUGAUCCAAAUUGUCAAUCGUCCCUAGCUAUGCCCGUAUAGCAAGUUUUGCUACAAAUAAGAAAGCGGGGAGCAGCAUAAGCAUCUACAUAUUCGCAACAAUUGUGUGAAACAGAUAUGACGCAUUCGCCUGAUUCUGACGUCGACUUCACACCGCUCCUCAACUUGCUUAUUUGGCUCCGGAUGCGUUCACGCAUAAUUUGAAGGAUCAAACGUGAUGAGACAGUGUUUCAUCAUCAUAGGAGACAUGCCAUGGGCCUGGCUGGUUUCCAAAUUUACCCCCUGACAUUUGGCGUGUUUCGCGAGCAGAAGUCAAGUCGUUUGGAUUUGACUGUGCUGUGCGCACGUGCUGAUGUGGUGCGGUUUCCAAAGUGCACUUUGGAUGUGCAGCACGCUCCGUUUUUACGCGAGGUGUGCAUAUGUGACAACUGUGAGUAGUUUUGUAGCGUAAAUCCGGCGUUCGAGUCCACCGCCCAUCGAAUCACGGUAUGACGUCACACUAAACACCCUCAGCUGUGACGUCAUCACACGACAUUUUGGAAGGCAGGAGCGCCGUGUUAUAUCAUAAAACGACGGUUUUUCGACAAGAUUUUAAACGCGGUGGUGUGCAGACGCUUAUCUGCCAUUCGUACGCACAUAGCAGAACCACUGACACACAAAUACAGUGGUAUACCAGCUGCGCUCCAGUGUGAUGUAAAUACGCAACGAGCCUUGUCAUUGUCUGUGUUUGAACAUGAUCUUUGGAAAGCCGCAGCGAAGUGCCGCCCAUCUAGAUUUGUACGAUGGGCGCACAUUUCGGUGUGAUGCUGGCCUCCCCGAAAUGUGCUGGGGUUGAUGGCGUGUGUGCGGACUAGCUGGAGAAGUUUAUUGGCCUAUGAACGCCAUAGUGCGUAAUGCCAUGGCAUGAUCAUGAAUCGCUAUGCUGUGUAGGUUUAUAACCGCUGGCACGUGCUGUCUUGCGCUUUUCGAUGUUCUUUUUUAGUACGCGGUAGGCCGGUUCCUUACUCCUGUACGUGAUGUUCUUUCGGCAAGGCAUCUUUCAGGUGAGACACGUCGCUGCCGGCUUUCCACACACUGUGGACUGCCACUUAGAAGGCCUUGGAGCGCGCUGGUCGCCUCGGGAGGAAAGUGACGUCACUUACGGAGCGAUGACGUCACCUGGGCUUUACGGGUGUAAAAUGGGUUUAUACGGGCCUGGGCGCCCCUCGCCGAAGCGAGGCAAGAUUGAUAGCUAGUGUUGAUGCGGUAAUGCGCCGCGGUGCUGCAAACGCACGACGGCAUCUCCGCUUCGACGCGCGGCGGGACGUGUUUUGCACCUUGUAAGUUCGUCGAUCAGAAUUUACGAGCGUCGUGCUUGUUGAUGUGUGCAUGCGACCAUUAAACAACUGGCUCAUUCGAAGCUUAUUUUUAGGCGACGCGUUGCAUGAUGUUACAAAGAGCAUACCGUGCUUGGGCUGUCGCUGCGUUGACGGCUGGCGAUAGCACACAUCGUCAUUCCGCGACACUUAACUAGCAUGUGAAUCACGUAGGCCACCCAAGGCGACGCACCUCAGCAGCGGUGCAGCAGUAUAUUGUACAGUUACGUCUCUCAGCGGUAUAGGAGGCCACCACACUGCGUCUAGCCGCCACCAUAGCCCGCUGUAAGCCUGACAACCCUCAGCAUUCUGGCGAGACUUGCGAUCCGCCAGCUCUCCGUGGUAGCGACGCGGAUGAUACAGCUGAACCGGUAGCUUUCCUCCCUCACCGUUGUCGUCUAGCGGUGCCGUGACGCCGGCACAACGUCGACAUCGGACGGCGGACGGCUGGCGCCCGUGUCACGCCGUCACGUGACGUGACGCGGGCUGGCGCCGCUCCGUAGCCAACCAGCACCGGUGACCUGUCCGUGGUAAGCGAAGCAGCGAGGUCACGUUGUCUGUGACUGGAGAGGCCGGCGGUGUUUUGCACGCAGGUCGGAGGAGGCGGCUGACUUCUGGAGCUCUAGGUGUCGGUUGUGCUGCGGUCCGCCGCGAGACAGCCGGUGGAGGACCGACGGCAUUGCCACGUUUACCAAAUGUGUUUGGGGAACGGGGCACGACAUGUGUUUGGAGGGCUUGUUACGACGUGGGUUUAGAGAGCGUGGUACGACAUGUAUUUAGAGGGUACGACAUAUGUUUGGAGGGCGAGGUACGACAGGGUUUGGAGAGCGUGGAACGACGUACGUUUGAGGCAGGAUGCGACAUGGGUUUGGAGGGCUUGGUACGACAUGCGCACGGGGUGGGAUGCGACAUGUUUGUGGAGUGUGUGGUACGACAUGCGUUUGGGGUGGCACACAGCAUGCAUUUAGACGGCGUGGUACAUGUGUUUAGGGGGCGUCGUACAGCAUAAAUUUGGAGUGCGUCAUGCGACAUAAAUAUGGAGCGCGUGAUAAGACAUGUGUUUGCAGGGCAUUGUUUGUCCUGGUACAACAUUGUCUGCAGGGCGUGGUGCGAUAAACGUUUUGAGGGCGUGGUGCGACAUGGUUUAGAGGGCGUGGUGCGACAUGGUUUGGAGGGCGUGGUGCGACACGGCCUGGUUCUCGCGGCGCCGAUGAGGAGCCCGGGGGCUGCGGCGACGGCCAGCCAUCCCGCUGUUGUCGCUGAGCGCAGUCUCAUGCCGUGGGCAAACCGUGUCGUGCUCUUGAUCGGGGCGCUUGGGAUGCGUUCAGGCCCGUCUGUUUGAGGAUGCUCCCGCCGAUAGGCGGAGGUCGCACCGCUAUGACCUUGACAUCUAUAAUGACACGCUGUUUGUUCGGUCAAGGUCGAACGUGCCGAAGUUCGCGGCCUAACGCAAGGAACUUGUUGAAUGUCGAUGAUGAUGCACAGGAACGUUUAUUGAAAUAAAAC